AUGGCUCGAUCCUUCCACCUAUUUUUUCUCGUUCUUGGCCUACUGCUACUCAGCUUGACGUUAUGUCACGCGCAACGAGAUCAAGACUACCCCGAUCCCGCGGGGGACACCACCUUGCCGGAGGACAUGGGCGUCCCUCCGGAUGAGGCCGUCGAUCAAUACGCGGAUCCGAAUGCGUUUAACGAAGGCGAAACGGCUCCCACCGAUGCAGUUCCAGGCGAAGAUGCCGUUCCAGGCGAAAACGUCGACGCGCCAGAUCCGUUCCUCCCCCCGGAAGACGCGUAUCUGCCCGACGAUACUACUCCCGUAGACGAGCAGCCUGCUGACGAACCAGCUCCUGGGGACAUCCCCUCAGAAACCACCACUGCGCCGGAGGACAUUCCCACUGAUACCGCUCCCGUUGAGGACGCAGCCCAGCCGACGGACACCGCGUCUGCCGCGUUUGCUCCUGACACGACCGACGCUAAUUUCGAUCCUGACGCCGCCACUCCCGUCGACGCGACCGCUCCGACAGACGCUGCCCCCGUGGAUGCUGAUGAUACGAUGACUGCGGGUAACGGCACCAUGUACGACUUCCAAGGCGCGUACGAGAAGAUGAAGGGCGGCGAUCUCUCCACAGAGGCCAUCAUUGGCAUCGUUGCUGGAGUCUCUGGCGGCAUGGUCCUUGUCAUGUUGUGCGCGUGCAUCUGCUGGAUUCGCCAACGCAACAUCUGGCGAGCCAAAUACGGAGACGGCAAUGCAGGAGCAAUUGAGAUGAGACGCUGUAGUGAUCUCGGCAGAAUAAUCUUGUCCGGUUCAGAUCUACCGGAUAAAUCAGACAUCAGACUUCCGAGAUCGCGGCCAAAGACACGUGUACCUUUUCGUCCUUCGCGACUGUUCCCUUCUCUCACCCUCAGCAUGGCUCUGACGUCAUCAUGUCGGAUCCUGGUCGUUGCGGUGCUGAUGGCGUGUAUGGUGUCGUCAGCAUGGGCCAUGUAUUGCGGCGACGACGAUUGCUACGACCUCCUCGGGGUCAAGCAGACAGCGACCCAGCAGGAGAUCAAGAAGGCCUACUACAAGCUCUCCCUCAAAUACCAUCCAGACAAGAACCCAGAGCCAGACGCACAAGCCGUGUUCUCCAAGAUCGCCAACGCAUAUGAGAUUUUGUAUGAUGCGGAGAAGAGGGAGCAGUACGACUAUGCCAUCGCCCAUCCAGAGCAGUUCUUCUACAACACUGCUCGCUACUACCAAACCUUUUAUGCUCCUAAGACGGAUAUUCGACUCAUCCUGCUUGCAGCGCUGUUGCUGCUCUCGUCCUUCCAGUAUCUCAACGAUCACAUUCGAUACAACCAGGCCAUAGACCAUGCCAAGCAGACCCCAGCCUACCGCAAUCGCCUCAAGCAGCUGGAGCUGGAAAGGGCUGCGGCGGCUGCUGCUGCCGCCAUCACCACUGGUGGAGGCAGAGGGAAGCGCGGAGGGGGCCGGCGUGGAGGAAGAGCAGCUGACGCCCAACAAGCUGGAGCAGCUGCUGCUGCACCCCCAGAAAAUGGAGUGGCUGAACUCGAGCUUCAGGUGCAUGGAGCUGACAAGCCAUGUCCGUGGCGGCUCUUUGGUGUUCAAGUUGUAAUCUUUCCGUAUGUCGCUGCCAAGUUGAUAUGGUGGCAGGUGCAGUGGUUCCAUCGCUACACCAUGCGCCGUGCGUCUCUGGGAUGGAAUGAUGCUUGCUACCUCACACGCACAACCCUGCGUAUUCCUGCAGCUCACUGGAGCUCCAUGGGGGAGUCUGCCCAAGAAAGGCUUGUGGAGCGGAGGCUCUGGAUCAAGCAGAACCUGAAUGAUUAUCGAGAGGAGCUUUCCAAGUCCGUGAGACGUAGACGCUAA